AUGGCUACACAAACAGUUGAGGAUAGUUCUAGAUCUGGGCCAAGAUGAACUAUUGUAGGGGAUUUAUUGAAACCAUUGAAUUCAGAAUAUGGUAAAGUGGCUCUUGGGUGGGGAACUACGCCUUUGAUGGGUGUCGCGAUGGGUCUAUUUGCGAUAUUCCUAACUAUUAUUUUGGAGAUUUAUAAUUCUUCCAUUUUAUUGGGGUCCCCUUGGUUUCCCUAUCUCAAUAAAGUGUAUGAUUGGUUCAAAGAACGUCUUGAAAUUCAGGCGAUUGGAGAUGAUAUAACUAGCAAAUACGUUCCUCCUCACGUCAACAUAUUUUAUUGUCUAGGAGGAAUUACGCUUACUUGUUUUUUAGUACAAGUAGCUACGGGGUUUGCUAUGACUUUUUACUAUCGUCCGACCGUUACUGAGGCUUUUGCUUCUGUUCAAUAUAUAAUGACGGAAGCUAACUUUGGUUGGUUAAUCCGAUCAGUUCAUAGAUGGUCGGCAAGUAUGAUGGUCUUAAUGAUGAUCCUGCACGUAUUUCGCGUGUAUCUUACUGGUGGAUUUAAAAAACCUCGUGAAUUGACUUGGGUUACAGGUGUGGUUCUGGCUGUAUUGACCGCAUCCUUUGGUGUAACUGGUUAUUCCUUACCUCGGGACCAAAUUGGUUAUUGGGCAGUCAAAAUUGUAACAAGUGUACCAGAAGAAGCUAUUCCAAUAAUAGGGUCGCCUUUGGUAGAGUUAUUACGCGGAAGUGCUAGUGUGGGACAAUCUACCUUGACUCGUUUUUAUAGUUUACACACUUUUGUAUUACCUCUUCUUACUGCCGUAUUUAUGUUAAUGCACUUCCCAAUGAUACGUAAGCAGGGAUGGAUCCAUAAUAAUUCACCUAUCCUAAUAACAAAAAAAACAGAUUUGAAUGAUCCUGUAUUAAGAGCUAAAUUGGCUAAGGGUAUGGGUCAUAAUUAUUACAGAGAACCCGCAUGGCCCAAUGAUCUUUUAUAUAUUUUUCCAGUAGUAAUUCUUGGUAACGUGGGUUUAACGGUUCUAGAACCAUCAAUGAUUGGUGAACCCGCAGAUCCAUUUGCAACUCCUUUGGAAAUAUUGUCGGAAUGGUAUUUCUUUCCCGUAUUUGAAAUCCUUCGUAGAGUGCCAAAUAAGUUAUUGGGUGUUCUUUUAAUGGUUUCCGUACCGGCGAGAUUAUUAGAAUCCUGGGUCUCGAACAGUGAUUCGAUUCAUGUGGCAUAG